CAGCCGGAUCCCCUCCGAAUCCAAAUAGACAAAAUGGCCGACGCACCCGCACCCGCUCGUGGAGGUUUCGGUAGCCGUGGCGACCGCGGUGGUCCUCGUGGUCGUGGCCGUGGCCGUGGCCGUCGUGGCGGCAAGCAGAACGAGGAGAAGGAGUGGCAGCCCGUCACCAAGCUCGGCCGUCUCGUCAAGGCUGGCAAGAUCAAGAGCAUGGAGGAGAUCUACCUCCACUCUCUGCCCAUCAAGGAGUACCAGAUUGUCGACUUCUUCCUGCCCAAGCUGAAGGAUGAGGUCAUGAAGAUCAAGCCCGUCCAGAAGCAGACCCGUGCCGGUCAGCGCACCCGCUUCAAGGCCAUCGUCGUCAUCGGUGACGCUGAGGGCCACAUUGGUCUCGGUAUCAAGACCUCCAAGGAAGUCGCGACCGCCAUCCGCGCCGCCAUCAUCAUUGCCAAGCUCAGCGUUGUGCCCAUCCGGAGAGGUUACUGGGGUACCAACCUCGGUGAGCCGCACUCUCUGCCCGUCAAGGAGUCCGGCAAGUGCGGUUCCGUCACCGUCAGGCUGAUCCCCGCCCCCCGCGGUACCGGUCUCGUUGCCUCCCCCGCCGUCAAGCGCCUGUUGCAGCUUGCCGGUGUCCAGGACAUCUACACUGCGUCCUCCGGUUCCACCAAGACGCUUGAGAACACGCUCAAGGCCACCUUCACCGCCGUCACCAACUCCUACGGCUUCCUGACGCCCAACCUCUGGAAGGAGACCAAGCUCACCAGGAGCCCGCUCGAGGAGUUCAGCGACAUCCUCCGCGAGGGCAAGCGCUACUAAGCGUAGCCAUGUUUAGAUGAAUGGUUUUAACGGGGAGGGGGUUCAAUCAAAGGUUUUUCAACUGGCUUGUUCUUUGUUGUACGUGCCCUGCAUGGAGUUGCGAGGUCAUGAGGCCGUCCUGGCACAAGCAACCUAGGUCGUUCUCAAAAAAUGAUAUUCCACAAUGCGAGGCUUGAGCAAGGCUCUGCGCCGGC